CCAGCGUGCUCAUCACAUGCGCUUGCUUGGUGGCCAUUCCGAAGAGGGUUUAAUCCACAAGGGUUUGUUUUUUGCGUUUGUUUAUUUGAUAUUGACCGAGAGUAAGCAUGCCGCGGGUGUACAUCGGCAAGCUGAGCUAUCAUGUGCGGGAGAAGGACAUCCAGAGGUUUUUCAGCGGCUACGGGAAACUCAUGGAGAUCGAUCUUAAAAACGGGUAUGGGUUUGUGGAGUUUGAGGACACCCGUGACGCAGACGAUGCCGUGUAUGAGCUGAACGGUAAAGAUCUGUGCGGGGAGCGUGUGAUCGUGGAGCACGCCAGAGGACCGCGCCGGGACCGGGAUGGAUAUGGUGGGGGUUCUGGGGGCUUCGGGGGCCGCAGCAAUAGUGGUUAUAGCAGCAGGAGCCGAAGCGGAAGAGACAAAUAUGGCCCUCCGGUUCGCACAGAGUACCGUCUGAUAGUGGAGAACCUGUCCAGUCGCUGCAGCUGGCAGGACCUCAAGGAUUUCAUGCGUCAAGCUGGAGAGGUGACCUAUGCCGACGCGCACAAGGAACGGACCAAUGAGGGCGUGAUUGAGUUUCGCUCCCACUCUGAUAUGAGGAGAGCUUUGGACAAGCUGGACGGCACUGAUAUCAAUGGCAGAAAAAUCCGUCUAGUGGAGGACAAACCUCGACGACGACGCUCUUACUCUGGGAGCAGGUCAAGAUCUCGUAGCAGACGCCGCUCUCGCAGCAGGAGCCGCAGGAGUUCACGAAGCCAUUCCCGCUCCAGAUCUCGCUCAAGGUCUCGCAGCAAGCACUCCCGAUCCAGAUCUGGUCGCAAAAACCGCUCCAGGUCCAGAUCUAGGAGAAAGUCUCACUCCAAAUCCCACUCCAAGAAGUCAAAGUCUCGUUCUCGCUCGCGUACAGAGAAGUCCCGCUCUCGCUCCAGGAGUCGCUCCAAAGCAAAGUCCGAGAGGGAUUCAAGAAGCCGCUCCAGGGAGAAAUCAACCAGCAGGAAAUCCCGAAGCAGAUCCGCUUCUCCGAGAGAGAAUGGAGACGGAGAGAGGGUGAAGUCCACGUCCCGUUCGCCAUCCCCAAAAGAAGAUCGCCAUCAGUCAGAAUCACCCCGCAAGCGUUCUGCGUCUCGAUCUCGUUCCCGGUCCAAAUCUCGUUCCCGUUCUAGAUCAGCUUCUCAAGACUAGUGCCAACUCGCAGAAAGAGUAUCGGUAACACUCAACACAAUAAGGUUGUAUUGGUGUUAGUUGAUGCAUUUACUAAUAUGUACAAAUAAUGAACAAUACAUUGAUUACAGGAUUUGUUCAUGUUAGUUAAUGAAAAUACAGGUCAUGUUAGUGCAUUAGCUAAUGGUAACAUGCAUGAAUGUGCUUUAGUAGAUGUUGAACUCUCAAUAACACAUGCUGUACAAGUAUUGCUCAUGUUAGUAAAUGCAUUAACUAAUGAAACCUUAAGUGUGAGUGGAAUAUAUAUAAGGCACACACUGUAAAAAUAGCUGUUAAUGGAGAGUUUCUGUAUUUUGUGCUUCACAAGUGUUUAUUUUUGUUUGUGAGUUGCAUUAUGGGAUGUUGAUCUCUGCUCUGUCCUCUUUUAAUGUUAAAAAUUCAACUACAGUUUACCAAAGUGACUUUAAUUGACAUUUUAGUAGUUAUAAUGUAUAUAAAAAGGAAUAUCUAGAGAAAUAAGUCUGAAAAAUAGCAGAAAAUGUACUGGAAGUUUAUUACAAGGUGAUUGUACUGUAAUAUACAGCAUCAACCAAGACUAUAUAGCACUGCAAACUAUUAACAAUAUCAAUAAAAGUCACUUUUUAAGGUUCAAAGUUGUCAGAAGAAAGCUUAAGAUCCCAUAAUGCAACUCAAAAGCAGAAAUAAUUUGGGAAAAUUUAAAACAUUAAUCACCAAAUACAGAAAAUGGCUCCUUUCCUGAUAUGUUUUACAGUGUAGUUCAGUGUUAAAUGAGUCAUUUGCAGCCUAUGAACAUUCAUUCAGUGCUUCAGAAGGCUGCAGCCCCGUGUAGUAUUGAUAAAUGUGCUGUUUUCAACAUCGCAUAAAUUUAAAUCGCACACCAGGAGUUUUUGUCCCACAUGAGGCUCAUCGAAUCCGAAUUAGUUUUUUAUUAUAGUUACAACUCUGUGCUUGUAUGCAUUGGUUAGUGCUGUUGGUUGUGUUUGAUUUGCUCUGGUUUGAGGUGACUAUUUUUGCUUUAGUUGGAGGAUCCAGAACUUAAUUCGGUAGAACGCAUACUAGUUUUGCAGCUUUCCUUUUUUUGUGGUGUAGUCAACAAGAUAUGCUAGAAGGGAGGUUGACUGCUGCUUUUGUAUAGUAAUUCAUUCCUGUAUCUUGCUGAUUAUCAUUUUUCAAUAUGUAAGUUCUUUUGCUCCUCUUAAAUUCUUUUUUUUUUCUUUUUGUACAAAGUUUAAUGUUUAAUUAAUCACUUGCAGUGUCAUUUCUGUGAUUGAACUCAUUUUAAAUGGGUUUUUGAGACGUUUUCCAUGUUUUAGUUGAAUAAACAUUUAAUUGGUUUUUCAA